CUUCCUGUUGUCGGGACUUCCUUGUCAGCUGUAACGUCCAUUGAACUAAGUAGUCAUUUUGCUCUGGUUUUCUGUAUAGCUGAGUUCGUUUUAGUCCCAGAAAUGUCAGACACGCAAAACAGACUGCGUAAGCAGUUGGAAUCGCCUAAUUUUGAUCCGCAAAAUUAUGUGAAGCAGCUUUCUCAGCAGUCCGAUGGCGACAGAGACCUGCAGGAGCAUCGCCAAAAAAUCCAGAAUCUGGCAGACGAGACAGCACAAAAUUUGAAGAAAAAUGUUUAUAAAAACUAUAGACAGUUUAUCGAAACGGCUAAAGAAAUUUCAUAUCUGGAAAGUGAGAUGUAUCAAUUAAGCCACAUUCUUACGGAGCAGAAGAGCAUUAUGGAGAGCAUAACUCAGACACUCCUGUCAACAGACAAAGACGAAACUGCUAAGGAAAUGCUGACAGCAUUCCCCAAAGAAACAGAAGAGGUAAAACAGAGAACCCUUACAACACUACUCGAGAAAGUCGAGGGAUGUAAAAAUAUAAUGGAGACCCCUGGAAGGUAUUUGGUGUAUAAUGGCGACUUGUUCGAGUAUGAUGUGGAUAAUAUGUCUCAGAUCCAGAGAGUGCACGCCUUCCUCAUGAACGACUGUUUGCUUAUUGCUACAUGGUUACCCAACCGGCGCGGUGCAGUGAAAUAUAAAUACAACGCACUCUAUGAUCUGGAGAGCUUUGCCGUAGUAAAUGUCAAAGAUAACCCUCCUAUGAAAGACAUGUUCAAAAUCUUGAUGUUCCCAGACAGUCGCAUUUUUCAAGCAGAAAACAGUAAAAUAAAGAAAGAAUGGCUGGAAAUUCUUGAGGAAACUAAGAAGAAAAAGGUGGUCAAAGAAAGGCACAAGAAAGAAGAGGAGGUGCCUAACUCCCCUGUGAGGCCAGAGGUGUCCACCAAUCCUUUUGAUGUAGAUGAACCUCUGGAAUCUGAAGAAGCAGUGGACCUGAGCCCAGAGUGGAUACAGGAGCUUCCAGAGGAUCUUGACGUCUGCAUAGCUCAGCGGGACUUUGAAGGAGCUGUGGAUCUUCUGGACAAGCUCAAUGAGUACUUGAAGGACCAGGCCGUUACUCCACGCGUUAAGGAGUUGAGGGGGAAGGUAGACGAACGAGUGCGCCAGCUCACCGACGUGCUUGUGUUUGAGCUUUCGCCUGACCGCUCACUGAGAGGAGGACCGAAAGCAACACGGAGGGCAGUGUCUCAGCUCAUCCGGUUGGGUCAGUCAACAAAAGCCUGUGAGCUGUUCCUCAAGAACCGGGCUGCAGCUGUGCAAACAGCCAUCAGACAGCUCCGCAUCGAAGGGGCCACACUGCUCUAUAUACACAAGCUCUGCAACAUCUUCUUCACCAGUCUGUUGGAGACCGCAAAGGAGUUUGAGAUGGACUUCAAGGGCAAUACCGGGUGCUACUCCGCAUUUGUAGUCUGGUCACGCUCCGCCAUGAAGAUGUUUGUGGAUGCUUUCAGUGGGCAGGUGUUUGACAGCAAGGAAAGCCUCUCCACUGCAUCCGAAUGUGUAAAAGUAGCCAAAGAACACUGCACACAGCUCAGUGACAUCGGCCUGGACCUCACCUUCAUACUCCAGUCCUUGCUUGUGAAGGACAUCAAAGCAGCCCUUAUUAGCUACAAGGACAUCAUCAUUGAGGCCACCAAGCACCGCAACUCGGAAGAGAUGUGGCGAAGGAUGAACCUCAUGACCCCUGAGGCACUCACCAAGCUGAAGGAGGAGAUGCGGAGCUGUGGCAUCGGCAACUUUGAGCAGUUCACUGGAGACGACUGCUGGGUGAACCUCAGCUACACGGUCGUGGCCUUCACCAAGCAGAUGAUGGGCUUCCUGGAGGAGGGCCUGAAGCUUUACUUCCCGGAGCUGCACAUGGUCUUCCUGGAGAGCCUGAGGGAGGUCAUCCUGGAGGCCACUCAGCACGUCGACUACAGCCUGCGCUGCGAGCAGGAGUCGGAGAAGAAGGCUUUCAUCAUGCAGAAUGCCCUCUUCCUCCACGAGAUGGUCCUGCCCGUGGUGGAGAAGAGGUUUGAAGUAGGGGUGGGGAAGCCGGCCAAGCAGCUCCAGGACCUGAAGAAGAACCUGCGGCCCAUGCGUGUCAACCCAGAGAGCACCAUGUCUGUAGUGUAGUGUAGUGUAGUGUAGUGUAGUGUAGUGCAGGGGUUGACUAAUGAACUGAUUUUAAUGUCCUUCUCACUAUUGCUGUAUAUCUUCUUUCCUUUCAAAGCACCUUUAUCCUGCUCACAAAUGUAUUCUUUACCCAGCAGUGAAACAUUUACUGAACAAAUAUUUAAGACUUGGAAUGUUAUUCAUAUGCCAUAUUAAUUUUAGUUAUUAAUUUCAAUUAUGUAGUGUUCCGUAUGAACACUGCUUGUGUGUCUUAAUGUCAUGCCAUGCUUCAAAGUGAUUAAAACACUAUUUGUAAAAUAUAGUACACAAUAUUCUGUAUUAUUUUUGCCAGUGUGAGUUUAAGAAAUAGCUCAUUUGUAAAACACUGAACAUAAUGUCUAAAUCUGCCAGUUUAUCAUGUAAGACCCUAAGCAUAUUAAAACAAAAUCUUAAUGCUUUCUAA